AUAAGAACCCCGGAUUCUUUGCCUUGAUGGAUUUAGAUGAUGAUGGGAGAUUGAAGAAUGUCUUUUGGGCAGAUCCACGCAGUAGGGCAGCUUAUCAAGAUUUUGGUGAUGUGGUAACAUUUGACACCACGUAUUUAACAAACAGAUACGGGAUGCCCUUUGCUCCCUUUGUUGGUGUAAACCAUCAUGGGCAGUCCAUUCUCUUGGGAGCAGGGUUAAUUUCCAGUGAGGACACAGAGACUUUUAUUUGGUUAUUUCGGACUUGGCUGCAGUGUAUGGAUGGUAUAGCCCCGCCAGCUAUUAUUACUGACCAAGACAGAGCAAUGAAAAAUGCUAUUGCCAUUGUAUUUCCGAAAACCCGACAUAGAUUUUGCCUUUGGCAUAUAUUAAAAAAAGUUCCCGAGAAGCUUGGCUCUCAUCGUGCCUACAAAAGUGGCCUGAAAACUCAACUGAUGAAAUGUGUGUAUGACACUCAAACUAUUGAAGAAUUUGAGAUAUCGUGGGAAGAGGUAAUUAAGACGUACAACUUGGAAGAAAAUGUUUGGUUGCAAAGUUUGUACGCUGAGCGCACACAUUGGGUACCAGUAUUUUUGAAGGAGUAUUUUUGGGCUGGCAUGAGUACAACACAACGGAACGAAAGCAUGAAUGCAUUUUUCGACGGAUAUGUUCAUGCGAAGACAAACUUGAAGGAGUUUGUCGACCAAUACGACAAUGCGUUGAGAAAGAAAAUCGAGAAUGAAAUCAGUUCGGACUUCCACUCAUUCAGCGUUACGAUACCAUGCAUCUCUAGAUCUCCAAUCGAGAAGAGAUUCCAAGAGUUGUACACGAAUGCAAAAUUCAGGGAAGUUCAGCAGCAAGUUAUGGGUGUACUCGAUAUGGAUCCUUCUCUACUUAGAAGGGAUGGUGUGAAGAAGACCUACUUGGUAGAAGAUGAAAUUUCUGUUGAGGAGUUCACGAAACAUGUUACAUAUUACGUGGACUUUAAUGAGGAAGAUUGCGAUGUAAAGUGUUCAUGUGGGUUGUUUCAAAUGAAGGGGAUACUGUGUAGGCAUGUCUUGGCCAUAUUCAAAUGCAACGGGAUAAAGUACUUGCCGGAUAGGUAUAUUUUAGAUCGAUGGAGGAAGGACAUCAAACGGAGAUAUACGUUAGUCCAGAGUACCUAUGACACAGGAAAUCAACGGGAAGAUACUAACAGAUAUUCAAGUCUGCUGAAUAUUUGUUAUCGGAUGAUUACUCAUGCAGCGGGUUCAAAAGAGCAUACUGAAGAUGCAACUAAGAAGUUAUAUGCAAUGAUUGAUUUAUAUCAUGGCAACCAAGAACCCCCGUCGAUGACCCAAACUCAGUCCAAUGUUGGUUUAACUACAAAUGACACACCUACCGUUGGAUCGCAGCAAGUACUCAGUCCACGAGUUGUGCGCGGAAAAGGUAGACCCCCAUCUCUGAGGAGAGCAUCCAGGAUGGAGCAAGAAAUGCGGAAGGUUAAAGCGAGGACGAAGAAAUCAACUGUAAAGAGAAAACGUAAAGAGCGAGAUGGAGGGGAUAUACAAUCUCAAAACACGUGUAGGAAUUUAUUUGGCCCAUCUAAGAUAGAUCUUGAUUCUGAAGGAAACGUGCAGACUAUUCCAGUCAACUCGGCUUUUGACAUUAGUGGAUUCCAAAAUAUGGUUGAGAGUCAAGAAAGUAUGCAACUUGGUUUGGACGGAUCACAACCUUUGCCCAAAUGAUAUGUUGCAAGUAUCGGUUCACAGCACAGCCAAGAUAACCAAAACUUCAUGAUUUCUAGGAUUCCAUAGCUGCCCCAAUAUAUUUUCCAUGUAUAUUUUUGGAAGAAUUCUUGGAUCUCUUGUAGUUUUUGUAAGUAUAUUGGUGGGAAGAAAGAAUGGAGGUCGUGGAACUUGUAAUUAUUUUGGUGGCAAGGAUAG